AAAGGCUGGACUGAUGCAGUUGAGGUGUUAGAGCUCAUUCUCGCUCGAACCCGUGCCGUUACCGACCAUGUUCGCAUAUCAUGAUGAAUGCGCACAUCCAAUGCUUGAAUUGAUCAGGCAAUGGGAGGAGAAACUUUGAGAUCGAUAUUUCUCGCAGACAACCUUGAUGUCGCAUGGCUUCUUAUAGGAUUUCGCAAAGUCAUUUUGCACCUCCUAAGAAGGGUUGCUCCAAAAACUCGUGACUGAAGAAAACACUCAAUCAACAGUCAUCCUACGAACUACACUUGUGAAGCGGCCUGUAUGAUGACGCUCAGCUAUGGAUUGUCGAUUGCGUUCCUCGCAACGGCGUACGCUGCAGUUUUGCCGUUGCCACGCCAGGCCGACAGUCCCUCAAUUUCUAGCAUUGUAAUAUUCGGUGACUCGUUCAGCGACAACGGAAACGGUGCUGCUCGAGUAUCGAAUAAUGCCUGGCCUACAGACAAAUAUUACAAGGGUCGCUUUUCGAACGGCAUGGUCUGGGCGGAAUACGUAGCAGCUAACCUCUCACUACCCCUCUACGACUAUGCGGUCGGAGGUGCAACGACUUCGAAUGAUCUUGUCCAGGGUUACACAGGCGCAAAGGGAGAUAUUGCAGUACCCUCUUUGGUUGACCAAGUCGUCUCGUUCUUGGAGAAGAUGGUGCCUCAAGGAGGAGCAUUUGAGGUGUCCGAUUCGAAGGCUAUGCAAAAUCCCCUACUGGUCCUAUUUGCUGGUGUCAAUGACGUUUUGUUCAACGCCAAUAUCAGUGCUUCGCAGUCGUAUCAAAUUCUUCGCCAAGCAGAAGCACAGCUACGUGAUGCGUACCCUAGUGCGAAGGUCUUAACUCUAUCGCCACCAGAUAUCUCCCGACUUCCGUAUGGCUUCUAUUUGGAAGGUGAUUUGGCAAGAAGCCAGUUGCGAGCUUUCGCCGACCAGCUAGGAGAACUACUCGACGGCUCAAAGACAGGAGCCGUCAACGUUGAUCUUCGGCCGCUCUUUGACGACUUUGAGUACUAUGCCUCGCCUCGAGCGUACGGAUUUGAUCCGCUGGGAAAGUACGGCAGUUGCCUCGAAGGUGCAUAUGGCGAGACGCCAAACGUGACGAUCUGCGGAGACCCAGAGAGGCGGGUAUACUGGGACGAAUACCAUCCUACAACUCAUACACACUCGUGGAUUGCCAAGGAGGUUCUAGACGUUCUGAGAGGACCGUUCUGAUUACCUCUUGUGGUUGAGGGAGCGGGAGUUGGAGUUCCGAGGUUGUCGGUUUCGGCAUGAAUGAGAGAAUGCAAGUGUACGGGGGCAGUGUAGAAGUUUUCUUGGAAGCGGUUUUACAGAAAGAGAGAUGAACAAAAGCGAGACAUUGGAUCAGACGAAAGAAGCAAACUCGCUG